GGACAUCCGCGAGAUCAAGAGUCUCCGCAGGGACAUCUGCGACAUCAAGAGACUCCGCAGGGACAUCUGCGACAUCACGAGGACAUCUGCGAGAUCAAGAGACUCCGCAGGGACAUCCGCGAGAUCAAGAGCCUCCGCAGGGACAUCUGCGACAUCACGAGCCUCCGCAGGGACAUCUGCGACAUCACGAGUCUCCGCAGGGACAUCUGCGACAUCACGAGUCUCCGCAGGGACAUCUGCGACAUCACGAGUCUCCGCAGGGACAUCUGCGACAUCAAGAGCCUCCGCAGGGACAUCUGCGAGAUCAAGAGUCUCCGCAGGGACAUCUGCGACAUCACGAGUCUCCGCAGGGACAUCUGCGACAUCACG